AUGCCUCGCGGAUACGGUAUCGCCGACACCAAGAACUGGACCGACUUCAAGGUCUACGACUUCGAACUCAAGAAGGAGACCGACGACGAUGUUGACAUUGCCAUCACCCACUGUGGUGUGUGUGGCUCGGACGUCCACACCAUCUCGGGUGGCUGGGGUCCCCUGAACCACGACUUUUGCAUCCCUGGUCACGAGAUCGUCGGUAUCGCCACCAAAGUCGGCAAGAACGUCAAAGACAUCAAGGUCGGUGACCGUGUCGGUGUUGGUGCUCAAGUUGAUUCUUGUGGCACCUGUGUGCCGUGCAAGGACGAGGAGGAGCAGUACUGCCAAGGAGAUGAAUCGACCAAGAAGGGCCUGGUGGAUACGUACAAUGCCGAGCACCACUGUGGCACCAAGGCUAUGGGAGGUUACAGCACCAACAUCAGGACUCAGCAGCAGUUUGUCUUCCCUAUUCCCGAGAAGAUCAAGUCGGAGCACGCUGCGCCCAUGCUCUGCGGUGGUCUGACGCUCUUUUCGCCCCUGAUCCGCAACGGUGCCGGCCCCGGCAAGCGCGUCGGAAUCGUUGGAAUCGGCGGUCUGGGCCACUUUGGUGUCAUGUUCGCUGCCGCGCUCGGUGCCGAUGUGGUAGCCAUCUCGCACUCUCCACGCAAGAAGGAGGAUGCGCUCAAGAUGGGAGCCAAGGAGUUCGUCUCCACCGGCGAGAACCCCAACUGGGCCGAGGAGUACAAGAAGAAGCCCUUCGACCUGAUUAUCAACACGGCCUCGUCCAACGCGGUGGACCUCGUGUCGAUCAUGAGCACGCUCAAGGUGCACGGCCGUCUGAUUUGCGUGGGCAUGCCCGAGGACGAGUUCAAGGUGCGCAUCCAGAACUUUGCCGGCAAUGGAUGCCUCAUGGGCUCCUCGCACAUUGGCAGCAAGAAGGAGGCGCUCCAGAUGCUUGCGCUCGCUGCCGAGAAGGGCAUCGAGCCAUGGAUCGAGGUGCUACCCAUGAAGGACUGCUCCAAGGCGGUCAAGCGCGUCGAGGAAAAUGACAUUCGCUACCGAUUCGUGCUCGAGCAGGACAUCGAGAAGCACUAG